AUCUUUUAUCCUCCUGACCGGGCGGCUUUUUGGAUAUCCUGGGUAGUGGUGGCGGUGGCGUUGGUGGACAACUACAUGUAGGCUAGAGUAGAAGUAAAGACACAGACAAUACCUGUCAACUCGCGACAAUCCUGAUAAAUGUAUCUAACUCCAGUAAAUUGCACUAAAAUCUAUAGAAAGCUGGUUUUCUUUCUUUAGUCUCCACUCGCCCUGUCUGAAUAUGGAUUCCAGAUAUAUUUUGGACAAGCCGUUGGUCGGGACGAGGGUCGGUGGUGCGGAUUUUCACUGCCGGGCAGGCCGCUCCGUGCUUCGCGACACCCGGGUCCCCACGGUGGAAAAAAGCGGUCCCAUGCCGGCGUUCACAAACGGGCCCGUCUUCUACCAAAUUGUAAUGGACGGCGGCUCCGCGGCGGAGGUUAAAAGCGAGAAAACCUCUCCUAAAGGGAACGGACUGUCUCUGGGUGGUCGGAUAUUGCUCGACAUGGAAAAAACUGGCCUGGGGGACCAAAAAGAUACCGGUUCCACUGGGAUCCUGAAGAGGGCCAGUCCUACUCACUGCCCAGGCAUAAAUGGGCAAAUGCCAGGCAGCUUCAUGCACUUGGACAUCAGGAACCCAGGGAAACAGGCAGAGAUGGCCAACAACUUCAGGGCAGCACAAGGGCAAAACAUACCACCGACAGAGAGACAACCUCUCCCCUCCUCCCACAUCCCCGUCCCCAGAAACAGGAAGCCCUCAGGUCAUGCUGAUAAGGAGGUGAUGGCUGCCACCGUCCUGACUUCACUGUCCACAUCCCCUUUGGUGCUCUACCCUUCUUCUGCACCCACAGUCCCAGAGCCAGCCAGCAGGGCUUGGAAAGAGGUGCUGUCAGCCAGCUACAGCAGUUCGACCAGCGGCAACUGGAGUUGGGAUGCCAGUGACCAAUCAGUGCCCUCCACACCGUCCCCACCUCUCUCCAACGAUGCCAACAAGAACUUCCUGCUCUCGUCCCAGGGUGAUGAUGUCAACGAGGAUGUCACAGAAAGCACGCACUUCAUGUUUGAGGACCCCAUACCUCGAAAACGAAAGAACUCCAUGAAGGUGAUGUUCAAGUGCUUGUGGAAGAACUGUGAAAAGGUCCUCAGCACCUCCUCAGGUAUCCAGCGACACGUCCGUACCGUCCACCUGGGGCGUAACAGCGACUCGGACUACAGCGAUGGAGAGGAGGACUUCUACUACUCAGAGAUCGAGGUCAACAUGGACAGCCUAACAGAGGGCUUGUCCAGCCUCACGCCCACCUCCCCGACCACAGCUGGUCCUCCGCCCGUCUUCCCUCCACCGCUCACAGAUGUCCCUCACUCCGAACACAUCAACAUGAACGGCUUGCAGAGCCACGUCCCAACACUGCUCAGCCAAUCAGCUCCCUCCACGCUCUGCCAUAUCCGCACUGACCACGCCUACCAGGCCACUGCUCCAGUGAGUAUCCCAGUGGGUCCUGAGCUGGCUGAGUUAGGCAGUGGUAAUGGGACCGGGCCUGGGACUGGGACUGGGACUGGGAAUGGCAUCAGUGUGUCGUGGCAGUCCCCUCCUGUCAUUUUCAAAGGCAUCCCGGGGCCCGUGACUCAUGUCCGGACAAUUAGCUUCGGAGAAAAGCGGCAGCCGGCAGCCAGCACACACACCACUGUUAACAAGAACCAUGCUUUGAUAACGCCGCCACCUAAAUCUACACCAGGAAACAGGAAACCCCGUGGGGAGGCAAAGAAGUGCCGAAAGGUGUACGGCAUGGAGAAGAGAGACAUGUGGUGCACAGCCUGUCGCUGGAAAAAGGCCUGUCAGAGAUUCACCGACUAAUCCAGCCCCCUUCCUCUGUCCGCAAGAUGAUCUCUAGCUUUUUCCGGAGCGACAGCGAGGUGGACUCUUCCACUGAGGAGAUUUCUUCACGAAGGAGCUCUUCAGUGCUGCUUCCUCCAGUCCAGCAGGGGGGUUCGCUUUCUCUCUUUUUCCGUUUCCAAACACGAAGAGAAAAUAUAAGCGGCAGGUAUAAACAAAAAACAAAAAAAUCAGCAAGAAAAAAAGAACUUUAUGCAGGUUUGGAGACUUUUUUUUAAAGACUGA